AUGACCACUCCACUGGAAGAUGCAAUGGACACCUUAAUCAGGAUUUUCCAUCACUACUCAGGCAAAGAAGGAGACAGAUACAAACUCAGUAAAGGAGAACUCAAGGAGCUCCUCACCAGUGAGCUCAUUGACUUCCUUUCAGGCCAAAAGGACCCCCUCCUGGUUGAUAAAAUUAUGAAUGACCUGGACUCCAAUAAGGACAAUGAAGUGGAUUUUAAUGAAUUUGUCAUGCUAGUUGCUGCUUUGACAGUGGCAUGUAAUGACUUCUUUGAAGAACAGCUAAAGAAAGAGGAAUUUAAAAAAUUCUCGGUGUAA